AUGUGCCACUUUCAGGUCUCCUCACACACUGCUGGUGUGUCGAAUUUUUUGACAUAGGGUGCUGGCAGAUUACGGGCCUCCCAUUGCUGCUGCCAGGCCCCUAAUCUGCCAUGGGCCCCUAUACCCGCCUCCUCAUGCUGCUGCCAAGUCCAGAGUCUCUCAUGGGUCCCUGUACGGCCUCCCAUUGCUGCUGUCUCCAUCGCCACACUCUGCCAUGUGCCACUUUCAGGUCUCCUCACACUGCUGGUGGUUUCCAUUUUGUCAUAGGGUGCUGUAUGGGCCUCCCAGCUGCUGCAGGCCCUAAUGCCCUCCACACUCGCCACACUGUGCACUCCACACUCUGGUUUUGGCCCCGUGACUGGCCAAAUGAGUGAAGUGUGUCCGGAUGAUUCUAAGAUGGACGGCACUCAUUGCUGCAUGUCAUACUGCUGACAGUAUUAUUUCUCUUUCCCCAGCAGACUGCAAGGUGGCUUGUUUUUAAAUUAAAGGUACAGUGUUCUGCACUAAUAUAA